AUGAUUUUAAUUUUUCUUCUUUGCUUGGAUGCUUUAAAAUCAAUUGAAAUUUAAACUUUAGACCCUUAUUAUCAAGUUGCUUAUCAAUCGGUAAAGAUUGAUGAUGAGAUUAUUCAGCCAAACCAAUUUUUUAGUUAUGGUCUUUGGUCUCGAUAUAAUCCUUUAAGUGCUAUAUCUUAAGUUGGUCCUGUUGGAAUUUUUGGAAGUAAUUGCUACUAAUUACUGAAUAUAAUUGAUAAGGUAGAUGGUGGAAUAACUUUUAUGUAUUUCGAUUGUUUACAUAAUGAGAAAUAUCAAAUAACAAAAGAAAUCAAAUUUGUUAAUGAUAAUGGAGAAUAGAAAGUUUAUGAAACUCAGANAUUAUCGAAUAAAAUGCACAACUUUAUCAUUACCCUCUCAAUAAGUACUGGUGAGCAUUAUUUCUUAAAUUUGUUAAAACAUUAACCAUAUUUUCAGCAUUUUUUUAUUUAAAAUAAUAAAGAAAAUCAUUUUCUGAAUUUGCUUGCUUUAAUUCUUAUAAUUUUAAUUGGAAUCAUUUGGAUUACAAUAUGA